ACCAUAAUGCUUCUCGGGAAAGUUGGCCAUGGCAAGACAGCCACGGCUUCGAGUAUCCUUGAGAGAAGCGUUAGUCAUAUGGACGAGUCAACCACUGACGUAUUCUUGGCUGGCAGCUGUGUCUCGGCUGAUGGUGUCAGUAACAUAGCUGUCAUUGACUCUCCUGGACUUUUUGACACUUGGCCCAUAGAUGAUGUGCUAGACACAACAAGGAUGUUUGACCACAUUAAAGAGGCUAUCAACAUCAGCGCUGAUGGAAUCACUGCCUUUGUCAUAGUUUUUCGCUAUGGUGCUCGUUAUACUGAUGACGAGCAAAAAGUAGUCUGUAAUUUAGAGCAGACUUUUGGCCCUCGCUUCUUUGCUGAGCAUGUCAUUGUCUUAUUCACUCACGGAGAAGAUUAUCGAAUGAGACAUGGAUGCGCUCCUUUUGAGGACUGGGUGCUCUCCCAAAUGGCUGAUGUGCAAAAGCUGUAUAACAUGUGUCGAGGCAGAUGUUUGCUUUUCAUGAACGUAACUCGGUCAGUAGAAACAGCUUCUGAACAGAGGAGAAAACUACUGAACGUUCUCUCCGGAAUGACAGAGAAAUUUACAAUUACUGAUUACAGGGAAAUGAGGCCUAAUAUCGAUAAGCUUCUGUCAGUGCUUAAGAAGAGUAGUGGCGUUAGAGGUUUUCUGCGAAACAUGUGGCAUUGGUUUGGGAAGCCUAUUUACCUAACACCUCUUUUCUUUUUACUCUUUCUUUAUUACUUCCGUUUCCACUACCGGAGUACUGCUGAAGUUGUACCCUAUAAUAAGUUAUAAAAUCUUCCGAAGAAGGCCCGGUCAGGUGGUCACUAAAAAAAAAAUUUGCGUCAGCUUUUAAAAGAUAAAAGUUAAAUCUAUUUUCCUUCGCGUCUUUUGAGACACUUUGGCCUCAUUGAAAAAAGCUGCUUAUAAUAUUAUAUUGAUAUCAGCUUCCAGGAGAGUUUGGGGCUUGGGUAAAGAGAAGCAAUGUACGGACAUGAUAAACGCAACUUUGUUUCGGGAGAAAGCAACACACAGGCAGAAACGACAGAGACAAAAGAAAGGAGGACUUACCUUACCACCUGUGACUACCUCCAACUUGUCACCAACUCGGAGAAGUUACAUGUAAUGGGGCUUUUAAAAAAUCGUAGAAAUCUUUUUCCCCAGGCUUUUUUUUUCAAUGAAGAACAA